UCUUCUGUCUGCCUACAUAUUUUUACAACAGUAUAUAUAGGCCUGGCGACGAGUUAUACUCCGUCAAAGCAUCAAAAGAUGUCGUCAGUGUUGUUGCUCCCGUUGCUGCUGCUGCUGCUGCUACUGCUUCAGCUCUGCUCAGCUCGAAUCUUUGAGCGCUGUGAGCUGGCUGCACUGCUGCAGCAUCAGCAUGGAUUACCCCCUGCUCAGGUGGCCAAUUUGGUGUGCAUUGCACAGCAUGCGAGUAGUCUGAAUACGGCUACCUUUGGCGGCGGCACUGGACCAGGUGGCGGCUCCCAUGGCAUUUUCCAGAUCAGCGAUGUCUACUGGUGUUCGCCGCCUGGUCAGGGUGCCGGUUGUGGGUUGAGUUGUUCGCGUCUUCGGGAUGAUGAUAUUGCGGAUGAUGUUUUGUGUGUGCGGAAGAUCUAUGCGGAGCAUCAGCGCAUCUCGGGUGAUGGAUUCACGGCCUGGCAGGCAUACGAUGCGUAUUGUCGCCGCGAUGCGGCCUCCUAUGUCGCUGGCUGUGGACUGGGCGGCAACAAGAACAAUGCGCAGCACGUAGCUGCCUCCUAUCAGGUGAAGCAUCCACAACCACAGUUGAGCUAUUAUCAUCAGCCACAGCAACAGCAGCAGAUCCAAGUGGGCUAUCAUCAGCCACAACAUCAACAGGUGCAGGGCAAAAUCUACAGUCGCUGUGAGCUUGCCCAGGAGUUGUUCUACAAACACAAGCUGCCCAUGCAACAGAUACCCACCUGGGUUUGCAUUGCCCAGCAUGAAUCCUCCUUCAACACGGCAGCAGUGGGUCGCCUCAAUACGGAUGGCAGUGCGGAUCACGGCCUGUUCCAGAUCAGUGAUCUCUACUGGUGCACUCAUGAUCAGCGUGGCGGUAAGGGCUGUCGUGCGGUCUGCAAUCAAUUCCUCGACGCCAGCAUUUCGGAUGAUGUGCAGUGCAUCAGACGCAUCCAUCAGGAGCAUACACAGAUAUCGGGCGACGGCUUCAAUGCGUGGACAGUCUAUAAUCGGGAUUGUCGCAAUCAGCGCUAUGAGCAGGUGGCCGCUUGCUUUGCCAAACCACCAUCAACAUCAUUGCAUCCCAAUGCAAUUGGUGGUACUGUGCACAAAAUCAGCUAUGCUUAUUCAUACGCACCAAAGCCACAGCAACCAACGACACCCAAUCCCUACUACAGGGCACCUGUCAGUAAGCCAAGCCAAAACUAUCAAUUGGUUAGUAAUCAGCGUAAUCCUUUUCUGCAUCCGGGAACUCAGCCGCAUCCCAAUGUUAUUGGUGCGCCCAUAAAAACACAUUAUGCUAGCAGCUCAUACGCAAAUCCAUUGCUCAGCUACAAACCACACACAACACCUAAACAACAACACCUGCAACACAAUUACUACCGACAACCACAAGCACAACAACACCAACAACAAAACCAACACUAUUACACAACACAUCAACGAGCUGGUAAAGUUUAUAAACGCUGCGAAUUGGCGCAAGAGUUGUAUUUCUCACAUAAGUUUCCCAUUCAGGAUAUAGCCACUUGGGUGUGCAUCGCGGAGCAUGAGUCGCGUCUGGAUACGGCGGCAGUGGGGCGCCUCAAUGCGGACGGCAGUGCGGAUCACGGACUCUUCCAGAUCAGUGAUCUCUACUGGUGCACGCAGGAUGGCAGCGGGGGCAAGGGCUGUCACAUCAACUGUGAUCGUUUGCUGGACUCGGACAUCUCAGAUGAUGUCCAGUGCAUCCGGACUAUACAUGAGGAACAUACGCGCAUCUCUGGCGAUGGGUUCACUGCGUGGACAGUGUACAACGGACAUUGCAGGGAUCGGAAGCGCACCGAAAUUGACAGCUGCUUUGAGGAGAGUGAGCUCCAGAAGGAGCCAGUAAGCCCAGUCAGGCCAGCAACUAAUGAGCUUGUCAACAAACCCAAGCCCAAAGGCAAGAUUUACAGUCGAUGUGAGCUGGCUCAGGAGCUCUACCGUAAACACAAGAUGCCAAUGAGUGAGAUAGCCACCUGGGUGUGCAUUGCACAACAUGAAUCCUCCUACAACACUGCUGCAGUGGGUCGCCUCAAUACGGAUCGCAGCGAAGAUCACGGGCUCUUCCAGAUCAGUGAUCUCUACUGGUGCACCCACGAUGGCAGCGCAGGCAAGGCCUGUCAUAUUGAAUGCGAUCGUCUGCUUGACUCCGAUAUUUCGGAUGAUAUUGAGUGUAUCAGGACUAUUCAUGAGGAGCACACACGAAUAUCAGGCGACGGCUUCACUGCAUGGACAGUGUACAAUGGUCAUUGCAGGGAUCGGAAACGCGCCGAGAUUGCCAGCUGCUUUGAGGAGAGUGAGCUCCAGAAGGAGCCAGGAAAGCCAGUCAAACCAGUCAAGCCUGCAGCGAAUGGACUUGUUAAGAAACCCAAGCCCAAAGGCAAGACUUACAGUCGCUGUGAGCUGGCCCAGGAGCUCUACCACAAACACAAGCUGCCCAUGCAAGAGAUACCCACCUGGGUGUGCAUUGCCCAACAUGAAUCCUCCUACAGCACUGCUGCAGUGGGUCGCCUCAACACGGAUAGCAGUGAAGAUCAUGGUUUAUUUCAGAUCAGUGAUCUCUACUGGUGCACCCACGAUGGGAGCAGUGGGAAGGCCUGUCAUAUUGAAUGCGAUCGUCUGCUUGACUCAGAUAUCUCAGAUGAUAUUGAAUGCAUCAAGACUAUUUACAAGGAGCACACGCGCAUCUCUGGUGAUGGCUUCACUGCGUGGACAGUGUAUAAUGGUCAUUGUAGACACCAGAGUCUGGCACAAUUAAGUGAUUGCUUUGCAGGCAAUGAGAUUAUCGAGGCGGAGGAGCACUCCCAACAUCAACAAUUGUCAAGCCACAAACAGCCGCCGAUUGUAAAAGUCGUAGCUAAUCAUCCCUUCGGGGCCAAUCCGUUCCUUCAACAUUUGAGUGCACCACAGAAGACUCAAGUGGCAGUCCAAGCUAUUAGGACUACAGCCAGGCCUUCGAUUAAAGUGACUCCAGUUCCAGUGACUCCUAAUCAUUCUUAUACAUCAAAUCCUUUCUUGCAGCAACUGAAGCCACAGCAACAACCCGUACUUGCCGCAUCUGUGGUUCGCCCUAUAAAUUUGGUUGAUAAAGCGUCUGUUUCAAAGCCCAACUAUAACCAAAAUCCAUUCCUAAAGCCAUACAAAAACAGUUUGAGAAUGAGGCCCACAGUGCCUGCUAAAGUCACAAGGCAUCCAUAUGUUAGUAGCGAUAUCUUUCGUCAGGAGAUUAUCAAAUUUACGGCAACAACUUCAGCAACAACAUCAACAGCUUUUAGUCAUCUUCAGCAAACUUCGCCAAGCACAACGCCAGCACCGAAAUCCACUCAAAUUAUUGCUAGACCUUCUACAACACACAAAACAACAACUCGUUCAACUACAACAACUCCUCCGUUUACAACAGCUCGUCCGUUUACAACAGCUCGGCCAUUUACCACAAAUCGCCCAUACACUCCUGCAAAAAUAACAUCUAGAUCGACUACGGCCAGGGUGUCAGCCACAACACCACGUUCGAUAUCAACAACUCGGCGUACAACGACAACAACUCAGCAAGCUACAAAAACGCAAAGUACACCAUUUAUCAGACAAACAACAAAAUCCACUACUCGCCAAACAACUAUAAAACCAUCGGCUCGUCCUACAACAACGAGAGUAACAUCAAGAGCAACAACGAGGUCCACAACAACAAGACCUAUAGUACGCCAAACAACAACGCAAAACUCAACACGUCUUUCAACAAUUCGCCCAACAACUAGCCCAACUGUUCGCCCAACAGCUCGCCCAACAACUCGCCCAACAGCUCGCCCAACAGUACGCCCAACAACUCGCCCAACAGCACGCCCAACAACUCGCCCAACAACCCGCCCAACAGCUCACCCAACAUCUUCGUCAAUAACUCGCCCCACAACACUCCUAACAGUGCGACCCACAACUCGCACUACAAGUCGCCAAACAGCUCGCUCUACAGCAUACAACACAACUCGCCCUACAAGUCGCCCAACAACCCGCCCAAUAGCUCGCUCACCAAGUAGCCCAACAAUUCGUCCAACUGUUCGCCCAACAACUCGCCCAACAACUCGCCUCACAACACGCCUAACAGUGCGACCCACAAGUCGCCCCCCAACUCGCUCUACAACACACAACACAACUCGCUCUACAAGUCGCCAAGCAACUCGCUCUACAACACACAACACAACUCGCCCCACAAAUCGCCCAACAACCAGCUUAUCAGCCCGCACAACGACUCGUUCCACAACAACCUGGCAACGACCAUUGACAUCAGCGCGGCCAUCAACAACACGUUACCCCAUAACAACGAGAACAACAAGAACGACAACACCUCAACACAACUUUAAAACACCGACAACGAACUAUAAAACAACAACUCGCUCGCCAACAACAACUUUAAAUCGCCACACUGCCAUUAAAAGUACUUCCACAACUCCAAGGCCAUAUCUGUUUACCUCGACAAGAUCCACAGCAACAACAGCGAUAACAACAACAACGAGAACAGCAACUCGUCCGCCAGAUCCAUUUGACCAUCCAUUCUUUGCGAAAUACAAAGCCUUGUUUGAUAUACAAAAGACGCCGCCGCCAACAGUCAGCAAACCGACCACAUCAAAGUCCACUUUGUCCGACCAAUUGCGAUUCACUGCCAGCCCGUAUUAUGCCAGGUUUCAGGAAAACAGUGCCAAGGUCGCGGCAAAAACUCUUUUUGCCUACGAUUUUGGUCAGAAUAGAACAACAACAACUGCUGUUCGAUCCCAGACCACAGCGAAGACAUCAACCAAAACAUAAGUCCAACAUUCCAGGUGGAAAAAGUAGGUUUUUAUAAGGGUACGGAGGGUGCGGGGGAAACUUGUAAAUAUGUGUUUAAUAGGGCUAGUUAUGUUUUUUUUAUAAUGACAGA